AUGAUGGACGUUGAUUCUAUGCAUUCUGACUUACCAACUGAGGGCCACUUUUCUGUAUCUUCAAAAAGACGCAAUUUAGAUGAAGGUAAGGAUAGAUGUUUUCGAUUUACUAUUGUUAAAUUUUUAGAAAUGGAAGUUGUUGAUAAUUCGAAAAAGCGACGUUUACCCGCUGGUGGUGAUAUUGGGCCGAAAUUAGUUAAUAUGAUUAAAAGACUUGAUCAAGAUUUGAAUGGUGGUACUGUGGAAACUGCUCUUGAAGAUUUAGCUUCAGUUUUGGAGUCUAAUUUAGAUCCUUAUGAAGGACAAAUAAUUCAUAUACUUUAUGAAUGUGCUGCUUAUUUACCUGAAAAAAUAACUGUCUUCUCAACUCUUGUUGGUUUAUUAAAUGCUCGUUCUGAAGCGUUUGGAAAAGCGUUAAUAUCAAAAUUUUUGAAAGAGUUGCACAAUUUAUUUGUCAAAGAAGAAUAUGAAAUUUUCAUUCGUCUCGUUGCCUUUUUAUGUGAUCUUGGCAAUUCCCGUGUUCUUACGCUAAGUUCAAUUCUUGAUUUCCUUGAGGAUUUUAUUGACAAUGCUGUAGAAGAAAGUAUUAAAUCUGACUUUUUCGUUUAUUCUGUUUUACAUUCUCUUCCUUGGAUUGGUACUGCACUUAAUGAAGAUUCUCCAGAACGUUUUGAUUUACUUCUUAAAAGGAUUGAUCUUUAUAUUGGGAAGAGAAAGAAACUGCACACUUCGAUGCUGCAAGUGUGGUCGGAUCAAAAAGUUUUACAAACCGAUUAUCUGGACAGCCUUUGGAUGCAAAUACAGAAGUUUAGUGCUUCCAAUUGGCUUGAGAAGCAUAUUCUUCGAAUCUAUGUCUCGUUUAAUAAUUCUUUAAAAGAUGCAAUCCAACAUGAUCUUCCUUGUAUGGACAAUUCAAUUAUUACUGCUGGAAAGAAUUAUCCACUUCCUCGUGUUGUCUUUCGACUUUUUAGUGUCUCAGAACUUCCUGAAGACGAACCUCCAUUAUCAUCAGACGAUUCGAUUGAACGUUUUUUGGUUGAGGAAGACUUAAAUUGGAUUAUUGAUAAUAAUUAUACUGAUAGAAAGUCUUGUGCAGAUGCUCUUUUGGGUUAUUAUCGAAAAGACGCCAUUCCAUUAAAUUAUAUGAUCACUGAAGUUAUUUUUAGUCAACUUUUUCGUUUGCCUAAAUCGCCUCAUUGUGAAAUUUUUUAUGGUUCUCUUUUAAUUGAACUUUGCCGUAGUCAAUCCAAUUCAAUGCCUCAGGUUUUAGCAAUGGCCGCGGAACUUUUAUUUCAAAGAGUCGAUUCAAUGCAGAUUACCUGCAUUGACAGAUUUGUCGAUUGGUUCAGUUUUCACCUUUCCAACUUUGAAUAUCGAUGGUCUUGGAGUGAUUGGGUAGAAUGUAUCGAGUUUGAUUCUCUUCAUCCUAAGCGAAUUUUUGUUAGAGAAGUUAUUGAUAGAUGCUUGAGAUUAUCUUAUCACAAAAAGCUUGUUGAACUGCUUCCUGGUGAAUUUAGUCCAGUUAUACCUGAUGAGCCUGUAAUUACCUAUGUUUUAGAUGAUGAAAACCAUCCAGCAUUUUCAAAGGCUGAACAGUUCAAAGAACUUAUAGCACAAAGAGCGAAAGAUGAUGAGAUACUUGCUUUAUUGAUAGAAAACAAUGCAAACGAAGACGAACAAAUGGAAGACAAAAAUGUUUAUGCUGAAGAUUCUUUUGCCGUGUUUUUUGCGGUUUUGCUCAAAUUAGCAUCGAAAACUUUAACGCAUUCGUUUGCCGCGCUUACUAGAUAUCAUACAACACUUACAACGCUAACAAUUAACAAUGAAGCAAUGCAAUCGAUUAUUUUGCGAACACUUUAUGAUUCUUGGAGUUUAAAUAAACAGAUGAUGACCGUUCUCGUUGAUAAAAUGAUCAAAAUGAACAUUUUAGAACCAGCAAUUGUACAGGCUUGGGUUUUUUCUGAGGAGAUGAAGAUUGAAUUUAAAAGAACUUGGGUCUGGGACGUGCUCACCGCUGCAAUUAUUCAUUUGGAUAGGCGUCGAAAUAAACUUUCACGUGAUUUAAAUUAUUCUUGCGGCUAUUUGAAACGUCUUGAAGCACGUAAUAGUGAACGUGAACAACAAAAACGGAAUGGGAAUUUAGCGGAAGGUGGGAAUAAUGAAAAGGAAGAGGGAGAAACUACUAUUGAAGAAAAUACUAAUGGAGUGGAAGACGGAAGAGCUAAAGAAGUGUCGACUGAAUUAAAUUCGGGUGAUGAUGCUAUGGAUUCGACUAAUAUUAAUAAUGAACAAAACAAAAAGCGAAGAGAGGAAGGAGUGGAUCUUUUGGAUCUGGAUGAACUUAUAUUUCAAGCAAAAGACAAAAUUGAUUUAAUUAAAAAUGACAUUGAACAAGUAGAUGAGGUUCUUCGAAGUGUUUUUCUUAAUAUUUGUCACAAGUUUACACUUAUUCUAACAGAACAUUUAUUGAAUUGCGAAACAGAUGGUACUAAUGUUGAGACAAAUUUUUAUAAUUAUGUGUCUGGACGAUUCAAAUAUAUAUUUUUGAAGGUUGGUCAAUGUGGAAAUCAAUUAGGGAUGGCGUUCUGGGAACGGUUAUGCGCUGAGCAUGGAAUUUCUCCGUUAGGACAUAUUGUAAAAGAGGAUAGAAAAGGCGAAGAUUGUAAAGAUGUUUUCUUUAAUGAGGCGAAUUGUGGAGCGAAGUGGGUACCACGUGCAGUUCUUGUUGAUUUAGAACCGCGGGUUUUGGGCGAAAUCUGCAACUGCGAAUUAAAUCAAUAUUCUGAUCUAUUUGAUGUUGAUAAUGUUUAUCAAGGUCCAACUGGUGGUGGCGCUGGAAAUAAUUGGGCAAAAGGUUUUAAUCAAGGAGCUGAGGUCGUUGAAAGCAUUUUGCAAAUAAUUGAAACCGAGGCAGAAAAGGCAGAUAAUCUUGAAGGCUUUGCAAUGUGCCAUUCUAUACUUGGAGGCACUGGAUCUGGACUUGGCUCAAGAAUACUUCAGGAGCUUCGUGAUAGAUAUGGGAAGAAUCUAAUCCAAACUUAUUCGACUGUACAGCUUUUAACUUGUAAUGUUCAAGGUAAUUGUUUUCUAUGUUUUGUGUAUUUUUCAUAUCGAAUUUUCAAAGAAAUGAGAGUUAAGAAUAAAGGGCUAAUUUUUGAAAAUUUCUUGGUAUUUUCCCUGCCAAUAACAGUUUUCUUCACGUCUGUCUAA